CAAGUGCAACGAACAAAACCUUUUGUGCAUCUGACUCCCUCUGCUCCAUCCCUUUUUGUCUGCUGGAUGUUUGUGGAGCUUCAGUAGACCCUGAGGUCCACAUCUUGAUGUUGACAGAGCCUAGUUGCAGCAGAAGACUUCAGUGUAUUGAAGAUGCCAGUACCAUGGGAUGAUCAUCAAGAAUAGCAGCAGCAGCAAAGUGGAGUCAACCAGAGCCUAGAGUGCUACAGAGGGCAGAGCUAGAGAAGUGAGCCAAGCCCUUUGGAGGAGCCCAGAAGAUUGUGUGUGGAUCUCAGACAUUGGAACAAGAAGCUGUAGUGGUAAAGGUUCCUUGGAGGCCCAAAGAUGUCCGAGAUGCCAAAGCCGUGGGAUACCUGCUGAGGAAAGCUGCUAAAAGAGAAUGAACCAGCCCAGGAGAAAGAAAUUUAUUUGCAGUCCACAAUGAUGAAAAAGGAGUUGUAGAUCUGAAGACCACUUUGACAUCAGGCAUGGAGAUCCUGAGUUUGGAGUUCACCCAGCUGGUUUCCUGCUUUGGGGAUUGCAGUUAAGUGAUUGGAUGGAUCUCAGAAGAGACUUCGAACUAUGGACUUUUAACCCUGUUGAGAUUGCUAUAGACAUUGAAGACUUUCAAAGUUGGACUAAACGUAUUUUUCAUUAUGCUAUAUUUAGGUAUGACCCCAUUGACUCAUAUGUUUGAACAAGCCUAUGGGGGCCAGGGAAUGGAAUGUGAUGGUUUGUAUAUGCUUGGCCCAGGGAGUGACACUAUUUAGAGGUGUGGCCUUGUUGGAGGAUAUGUUUCACUCUGGACGUGGACUUUAAGAUGCUCAUCCUAGCAACUUUCAGAUGAAGAUGUAGAACUCUCAGCUCUUCCUACACCAUGCCUGCUUGGAUACUGCCAUACUCCCACUUUGAUGAUAGUAGACUAAACCUCGGAACCUGUAUCAGUGAGCAAAGUCAAGCAGUUUUUAUCGCAUCUACUGGAACAAGGAAAAGCAAAUAAAAUAGCCAAUAAAAGAGAAAAUCCCUUAGAAAAAAAGAAGCAUCAACAUAAGUUAAAAAUAAAAGGAAUUCAAAAUAAGAAUCUCCUGAAGAGAAAUCAAAACUACUUCAAAAAGCCAGCCAAGAAAAGUAUCACAGAUAAAGGAGAUGAGUUAUUUAAGAUGGGCAACAAGAUUCUCCAGGAGUCUAAAAGUCAAAAACAAAAAACAGAAGCCUACACAUUCUUCACCAGAGCAGCCGACAUGGGAAAUUUGAAAGCUAUGGAAAAAAUGGCUGACGCUUUGCUAUUUGGAAGUUUCGGCAUGCAAAACAUAACAGCAGCUAUCCAGUUAUACGAGUCCUUGGCUAAAGAAGGAUCAUACAAAGCCCAAAAUGCAUUGGGAUUUUUAUCUUCUUAUGGAAUAGGAAUGGAAUAUGACCAAGCCAAGGCACUGAUAUAUUAUACCUUUGGAAGUGCUGGAGGGAGCAUGAUGUCCCAGAUGAUUCUGGGGUACAGAUACUUGUCAGGAAUUAAUGUUCUGCAAAAUUGUGAAGUUGCUCUAAAUCAUUACAAGAAAGUGGCAGAUUAUAUUGCUGACAAAUUGGAAAAAAGUGAAGGUAUUCCCGUGGAAAAAGUGAGGCUAACCGAGAGACCUGAGAAUCUGAGUUCCAACAGUGAGAUUUUGGAUUGGGACAUAUACCAAUACUAUAAGUUUUUGGCAGAAAGAGGAGAUGUUCAGAUACAAGUAUCUCUUGGACAAUUGCAUCUAAUUGGGAGAAAAGGUCUAGAUCAAGAUUACAGUAAGGCGUUAUACUACUUUCUAAAGGCAGCAAAAGCUGGGAGUGCAAAUGCCAUGGCAUUUAUAGGAAAGAUGUAUUUAGAGGGGAACGCUGCUGCACCACAAAAUAAUGCCACUGCCUUCAAAUACUUCUCCAUGGCGGCCAGCAAGGGCAAUGCAAUUGGUCUUCAUGGACUCGGUCUCCUUUACUUCCAUGGAAAAGGUGUUCCUGUGAAUUAUGGCGAAGCACUUAAAUACUUCCAGAAAGCUGCAGAGAAGGGAUGGCCAAACGCACAGUUCCACCUAGGCUUCAUGUACUACUCUGGCUCUGGAGUAUGGAAGGAUUAUAAGCUUGCCUUCAAAUAUUUUUACUUGGCAUCUCAGAGUGGGCAGCCUCUCGCCAUUUAUUAUCUAGCCGAGAUGUACGCAACUGGCACCGGAGUGCUGAGAUCCUGCAGAACGGCCGUGGAGCUUUAUAAAGGAGUCUGUGAACUAGGCCACUGGGCUGAGAAAUUCCUGACAGCCUACUUUGCCUAUAAGGAUGGGGACGUAGAUUCUUCUCUAAUUCAGUACGCGUUGCUUGCCGAAAUGGGAUAUGAAGUAGCUCAAAGCAAUUCAGCAUUCAUUUUGGAAUCCAAAAAAGCUAAAAUUCUGGGGAAAGAGAAGAUGUAUCCAAUGGCACUUCUGCUAUGGAACCGAGCUGCCAUUCAAGGGAAUGCUUUUGCUAGAGUGAAAAUUGGAGAUUACCAUUACUAUGGCUACGGGACUAAGAAGGACUAUGAAACAGCAGCCACACACUACAGCAUCGCAGCAGACAAGCAUCACAGUGCGCAAGCCAUGUUCAACCUGGCAUAUAUGUAUGAGCACGGCUUGGGGAUUGCACAGGACAUUCACUUGGCCAGAAGAUUAUACGACAUGGCCGCUCAGACAAGCCCAGAUGCUCACAUACCCGUGUUCUUUGCCCUUAUGAAACUGGAAACUAUGCAUUUUCUCCAAGAUAUCCUGUUUUUUAAUCAGUUUACCACGAAAUGGAAAUGGCUGAAACUGGACAGCACCAUUGGACCAUACUGGGACUUAUUAGUGAUUGGCCUAAUUGUUGUUGUGCUGAUCUUCCUGCUUAGAAACCACCAUAGGUAGGCUCUGGACCAUCAGGAAACCUACUCGUAGCUUCAUGCUGAGCUAUCCUAACAAAUAAAGAGUUUCCUCAUCCAAA